GCUAGAUGGCUUGUUCCGCUGGAAAGUCAACAUCGACUGCUAAUCCCUUUAACUGGACUUCAACGCCGACAUCAGAAAAUCGGCAAAUCUAAUUAACGCUGUUGGACAACACAAAGUGCUGUUGAAGGAAUUUGCUGUCCAGAACAAUCAAGUUGCAAUUACUUUAAUACUCUUUACAAUAUGUGGGCCGACACUCUUUUAAUUGUUGGAAUAUCAGUUUUCACCGCCCUUUUAGGCGAAGGCGUUACGUGGCUUUUAGUCUACAAAACGGAAAAAUACCAAAGGUUGAAGGCUGAGAUAGAUAGACAGAGCAAAAAACUUGAAAAAAUUAAGGAAACAUGUUCCGACACUUUGGACAAGGGCCUCAAGAAAAAAAUAGACAGAGAAGAAGAAAAACUAAAGAACAAUAAUCGAGAUUUGUCUUUAGUCAAAAUGAAAUCAAUGCUGGCCAUAGGUUUUGCAUUUACAGCUCUUCUGGGAAUGUUCAACUCAAUAUUUGAUGGUAGAGUUGUUGCCAAAUUACCAUUCACACCAAUCUCAUGGGUGCAGGGGCUCUCUCACAGAAAUUUAUCUGGAGAGGAUUACACUGACUGCAGCUUUAUUUUCCUUUACAUAUUAUGUACUAUGUCUAUCAGGCAAAACAUCCAGAAACUUCUAGGAUUUGCACCCUCUAGGGCAGCAAAUAAACAAAGUGGUGGGUUGUUUGGACAGCAACCACCAUCUCUAAAAUGAUUGAUUUAAAUAGAUUAUAUUACAAUGGGUCUCAAUGGUAAUACACCCGUUUUGACGUGA